ACCGCCUUGACAUCUGUCUACUUUGUCUGUCUGUCUGUCUGUCAGAUGAUAGAUUUCAGUUAUCAGAAAUUCGUGAUGCAAUAUGUGAUUCGUUAUUUAGGAUUUAAAACUAAUGUUUAAAAUAGUCAUAUUUGUUUGACAUUGUAUGGUUUUUAAUUAUUUCUAUCGGUGUUCAUGAGUAUCAUUUAAGAAACAGGCAUAAAUAUCUGCAUUAUUUGUUUCGUUUUUAAAAUUUUUAUCAAGUUUCAGAUUUAAAAUCAUUUUAUUAACUUACCCUCUGAUUAUAUCAAAAAUGAUGAAUUCCACAACAUCUCUCUUUACUCCUGAUUACAGCCAUCUUACUGGAUUGCUAAAACAUUUGAAUGCUGAUGAACUAAAGGACAUUUUGAAUAAUGAUGAAAAAUCAGAAUCAAUGGUUCAUGAUUUAAAACAGGUAAAGGACAUAGAAGCAGAAAAGGAAAUGCUGUUGGCUAGCAAUCGAAGCAUAUCUGAAUAUAAUAUGUCCAAGAAGCCAAUUAUUGAGGAACAUCGUAACCAGUUAGAAGAGACUCAUAAAAUAGCUUUGGAGUUAAGAGAUAGCUUAUUAGAGAAAAAGAAAAAAAUAGAAAGCUGUAAGCAAGCUACAUCAAAAGAAACACUUUUAGCUCUGCUACAGACAGCAACAUUAGAAAGUGAUGAAAAAGCUGAAUACAGUACAAGCUGUGGCAGGUAAUCAGACAAUUUGGCA